GUAACUGCCUACCCGUAGCAGUUUCAUCGGCAUGGAGUCGACGUCGGCGGUACGGCUGCGCUUUGAGCUGUGGAAACUCAUGCAAGUAUGGCGAACCCCCGAGAUUCAGAAACAGCAGCAGCACGUGAUCGCCAAGCCGAUCUAUCGAGCGGCGACCUUCCGACCGCAACAAUCAACGGUGGCGGCAGUCGUGGACAAUCUCCUCGCGGUCGCACCCGUCGAACCUCCCAAACGAGUUGCGCCCAAAAAGUCAAACCGCCAGAUAACACUGGAACAUCUCCUCGCCUUCAAAGAAAAACACGAAAAAGUUCCGUUUGUGCUGGCGUGGAGCGUUGUAUAUCAGCACUUGAUCAUAGGGUCAUCGGCAUCAUCCUCGUCCAAGCGUGUCGAUACGCUAAAGAAGAUAAACACCCAGGAAAAGCUGGAGGAAGAGCUGGUACCUGUCAGCCAUCAAUUUCUUGUCCUGUAUUUCUGCCUAGGUCAAUGCUGGGGUUAUGCAACACGACAUGGUCGACAUCGAAGGCCUCAUUGCGCUGCUCAAUCUCCGCGGCGAUCAACCCACGAAGCGCCGCCCGUCGAUAAUUUAAUAUACCAGCACGUCCAUUGUAAAUAACCAUA